CGUCAUUGUUUACGCGCAGUUACAGGAAGCUUGACAGAGGUUGACGGAUCUGUCAAACAGAAAGGAGAAACGUUUGGAAACCUUUAUAUUUCUUAUUGCAGUGCGGGAAAAAACAGUGUCUUACUGGCCCGGUUAUGUAAUUAUUCUGAAUUAUUUCAGGAAUUAAAGUUUUGUUCAAAGUAUUGAUUUUAGAAGAAGAAUAGGUUACAGGAGAAAAGCAAGAUCAUGCGGUCAAAUCAGGUCCCGCACCGCCGCCAUCCCACAACAUUUUAAAGUUUUCCACGGAUUUAAUACAAAAAAAAAUAGGCUACAAAGUGCUUAUUUUCAGGCAGAAUGUGGUCUCCACACAGCAGACAUCUGAUCUCUGCGAUCAGAAGUGGAUUUAGCAGGUCUGGCACGGAGUCUGUUCUGCUGUUGAGAGGUUCAUGCAUGUUGGUCAGAGAAUUGAGCACCUCUGUUAAAACUCUACAGUAUGACCUGAAAAAAUCAGACAUAUCUAAGUCUGUCAAUAGGAAGCUAUUCUUUGACACUCAUGCAAUGGUCCGACUGCUUGAGGAAAGUGGUUUCAUGACCCAGCAGGCGGAGGUCAUUGUCAAUAUGAUGGUGAAUACCACAAAUUCAAACAUGGACGUUACGUACGGUGACAUGGCCACCAAGACACAGCAGGAAAUCAUGUUACAGAAAGUCAUGUCUCAUAUCACCACUGUGAAAAAGGACAUGAUCAUUCUUGAGAAGAGUGAAUUCUCAGCAUUAUUGGCAGACAAUGAGAAAAUCAAGGUUGAGCUAUCACAGCUAAAGUUACAAAUCACUGAUGUGAUAAGCAAAAGGCGUGCAGAUACCAUUUUGGAUUUGAACAUAGAGAAAAGCCGUGUAAAGGAGAUGACGGUAGACUUUGACAGAAAACUUAUUGGGACCAGGAAUGAAUUGAUGGAAAUGCAUUCUGAGCAGGAUCGGCAUGUGACAGAGACCAACAUGAAAAUCGACACAGAAGUGGCUGGCCUGAAGACUAUGCUAGAGGCACAUAAACUAGAUACUAUCAAAUAUCUUGCAGGUUCAGUAUUCACAUGUCUCACAGUAGUUCUUGGAUUCUAUCGGAUAUGGAUGUGAAGACCAGGAGACAUUGUUCUUCCUAAAAACAAAA